CUUUCCCUGUCAUCCACAUCUGUGGCUGUGCCCCAUGUCUACUUCCCUCUUUUCAUCUCUCAUAAGGAGUUCUUAUGGAGAUGUUGCAUAGCCUGCAUAUGUGCAUUGCCUUCCAGCACCAUUCUACACUCUUGAGGGGUAAAUGCCAUGUGCGAAGUAGGCCACCAAGGUGAGUGGGUUAGCUGAGAUGUGAAUUUUCCUAUGCAAAUAUUCUCUGGGCACAUCCAGAUGCCCCUAAUUUAAGAGACAGCAUGUGUGCCUUUAGUUUUCCAGGGCGUCUUAAAUAACUUUUCCCAGCACUUCUGCAUUCUGCAAAUAAGAAAUGCUAGAAAUCUAAUGCAGGAUCUCAUACAUGCAGAGUCAUGCUCUGUUCUAUUCUUAAUAAAACUUGUUUCCUAGUGCCAAUAUUCUGAUUAGUAGAUAGUCUUCACAUCUUCAUAUGAUUGGCUUAAUAAAUACUAAACAACAUUGUGUUGCCCUCCUGUUUUUGAAAUGUGUCUAGCUCUUGCAUAAUCAAAUUUCAGUUCUUGGAGGAGUUAUCAGCUGACCAAUUCUUCUGACAUACUUCAUAUUGGCAUCUUGUCAGUAGAUGCUUAACCAUGCCAUGCAUAGCAUCAAUCCUGUGAUAAUCAAACUAGGGCCCUGCAUUCCCCUUCAUAUCAGCAUUUGGGUAUUGCAAACAUGUGGCAAUAUGAGAUCAACAGGAAAGAAGCUGUAGCCCAGAGAGACAAACUUUUAAAUUGUAUUUUUGCUGACUUAAAUUCAUGCAAAGGUACCCAAGAAUAUGGAGAGGAAUAAAUAUUGUUUGUCAAUAUGGUGCCUUGCUGUUUGGUUGAACUGCUGUUGUUUUUCCUGUAUUGAAACCUGAGAGUUGCUAAGAAUAACUUCACACUUCCAUCUAGUCAGAUCUGGUACUUCUGCGUCAGUAUUUUCAGCAUUUGUACAGCCUUAUUCUGUACAGCUGUUGGGGAGAAUCAAAGCUUAUUUUGGGGGGAAGCUAAUGCCAAACAGGGCAGCAAUUGCUUCACUUUUCUAGGAGGUGUUCCAAUCUACUGCUGCUUUAGGGUAGUCGCCAACUUCACUUGACGUAUCCGGCAGCAAAUGAGAAUUGCCGUGCUGUGGGUUGGGAAUGUAAUCAAGAGCUCAGUUCCUCGGUCCUGACAUUCUGCAGUUCCAGUGACGGUUCUUCAUUUCAGCCCAUCAAAACGCAAGUGGCCAUCCCUACAGCUCAUGUCAUGCCUUCCAUGCUAGAUAGGUCUUCUUGUUCAGUGGGUGAAUCAAGCAUACUUCGGACCACCCUGACUUCCUCUCUGCCAGGCUCUUCAAGUAGCACAGGAGGGCUGAUGUCCAACCAUGAUCCUGAUACUCUGAGGCACUCCCAGGUGUUUCACAGGAACCCUGUUCAUCUUCAUCAAACUUCAGUGGAAAAUGGCUGUAACCAAUCCUCUUUCCUUGCUCCUGACCAAACAAGUGUGGAAUGUGCUCAGAAACCCAUUAGAUUGGCUGCUGAACUCACGUUUAACCAAUCUCCUCUUCUGGAUAAGCAGUCUGCUGGUCCUUGGUCCCAGCUUCAAAUGUGUAAUUCAGAUACUGCUGUUACUGGCCUAGAAAAAGACCCAUGCAAAGUGCUGCUAGAUGUUAAACCAGCAACAGAAACCAACAGAGUCUGUGAAAAGCAGGUACCCUUGGGGCUUAAUCCUGCUACUAUGUACCCCAGCCCAACAGCUGCUCAGUCUCAGCUGUGGAAGCAGGAAACUUGCACACUACAUCAGCAUGAGAAUUGUGCGCUUAGUGCCUGGAAUCAGCACUUGGACCGUGUUCGCCUGCAAUUGGAGCAGAUUCAGCUGCAAAACAAAGCUCCUUGCUACCAUCCCUUGGGGAGCAGUACUUCACUGCACACUAUUGAUCAAGCCCAGUGGGUUGGUAUUGUAAAUUCAAAUGAGAACCUGCUCAGGGAGAAAGAAAUCCUCAUUGACAGGCAAAGGCAACACAUUUCACAGCUGGAGCAGAAAGUACGAGAAAGUGAGCUGCAAGUCCACAAUGCUCUCCUGAGCCAUCCUGCUGCUUAUGGGGACUUGUAUCUGCUCAGAAUACAGGAAAUGCAGCGGGAGAACAUAUUCUUACGAGCUCAGUUUACUGAAAAAACAGAAUCUCUUACUAAGGAAAAGAUUGAAUUGGAGAGGAAACUGGCUGCUUUAGAAGCAAGUGUAAAACAGAUCCAGGAGGCCCAUAAGGAGACUAUACAGAAGCAUACAGUGGAGCUGAAGAAACAAGAUGAAAGGGUAAAGGCAAGAGAUAAACAUAUUGAGCACCUGAAAAAGAAGUGCCAAAAAGAAUUUGAGCAGAACCGUGAGAAACAGCAGAGAAUUGAGACUCUGGAGCGUUACGUUGCUGACCUUCCAAUGUUGGAAGAUCAUAAGAAACUCCACUAUCAGUUAAAAGAAUCUCAGCAGGCAACUACAGCUUUGCAGGAAUCAGUGACCACUCUUGAGAAAGAGCUUGCAGAUGUUCGUGCCAAUUGUAGAGAGAAGGAGCUGCACCUAGAAAUGCAGAAACACAAAGAAAUGGAACUGCUUUCUACCAUGCGCAGUUUACAAGAUAAAAUGCAGCGUGGGAAGAAUUCAGCAACAGACGACACUGCCCAGGAGUUGGAGAAAGAGAAAGAAGAAAAAUUUUCUCUGCAAAAUGAAUGUGAUCUCCUUAGGAAGAUUGUGGAUAAUCAGAAGAAGAAGAUGAAUCGGUUAUCUUCAGAAGUAAAGGACCUAGAGAAUCGGAUUGCUCAGGAGGAAGACACAGGUCAAGCUCUCAAAGUGGAAGCACUGAGGCAGGAGAAUGUAAUGCAACAACUGCGCAUAGCAGUGAAAGAGCUUUCUGUACAGAACCAGGAACUGAUGGAAAAAAAUCUGACUCUUCAGGAGCACCUCCGGCAGAUUGAGUCGGGUCAGCUACUGUCUGAUGAAACAGCCCACCUUAUUCAAGAGCUGCAUAGAGAGCUAGCCAGCUGCCUGCAGGACCUGCAGUCUGUCUAUAGCGUUGUUACGCAAAGGGCUCAAGGAAAGGAUCCCAACUUGUCUUUAUUGUUGGGGAUUUGCACUGUGCACUGUUCAGUUAAAGAAAAGGAUGACUUACAGAAACCGGGCAUGAUAGCGAAGAAGCUGGAGGAUGUAAAACAAUUGCGCAAAGAGAUUGAAGAUUUACGGACUGCUAUUUCUGACAGAUAUGCACAGGAUAUGGGAGAUAACUGUAUCACGCAAUGAAGGCAAAAUGAUGGGACCCAAGGACUAAGAUUCCACAUCCAUGAAAGCUGCUAUAGGGUGGGAUUUUCCAAAGCUCCUUCAAUAUAUUAUACUUGCGAUUUGAUGCCAAGUGGAGCGUGUUUCCUGCACCAAGAAAUCAAAGUGUUUCUCUAGCCAGGAAGGUUCUUUGAAGAAAAUGUCUGUGUUUGGCAUACACUUCCUUUUUAUUUGCAAUUGGUUAAGAUUUUGGGCAGGCUACCAAAUAGCUGGUCCUUCCAACUGUGAGUUCUCAGCAGUGACAUAAUUGCAGUUCCAGGGCUAGUUCAUGCUUGCAAUCACAUGCCAGUAAAUGCACCCUCUCUUCAGCUUGUAGCCUGCAAUUUCAUCAGGAAGUAUGUGAAUGGAGUAGUACAUGGUUACAGCUGACAAUCAUUUCUGUGAUUUUUGCAGCAGCACUUUUUCUAGAUACCAUAGUCAUAGGAAUCACUCUGGCUACUGUGUAUUGCAGCUUACGCAAAAAAAUAUUAGUGCAAUUGUGGACAUGCACAAGACUGAGGAGCCACUAUGUCAUGUAUAGAAACAUUUAAAUUGGUCUGGAUAAAGAUCUUCUGAAAUUCUUCAGUAUUCUGAACUGUUCUGGUUUAGAAAGGACCCCCAAAGAAGCAGGAGUACAAUGUUGGGAGUUCUAAAAAGCCUUGAUGCAUUUACCCUCAAAAGCCUUAUAAGUACAGCUGCUACCAAGGAGUCUGGUCUUAAAAGCCUUUAUUAGUUCUACAAAUGUCUAACUGGGGCAGGGGGGCUAUAACCUACAUCAGUAAAAUGGCCUUUCACAGUGCCUGUUUUAAUGGGUUAAAAUGUUCCCAUUCAAAUGCACCUUUUAAACUGUUUUUGUAUGUCUCUGUUCUUUACGCACAUACUUACUAUAUAUUCCAAAGUGUGGAUUUUCAUACUCGUGUGCCUUAAUUCCUAGAAAUAAACUGUCUGAGAUCA